GGAGGCGGGGCAUGGGCGGGGCCUGCCUGGUUGGCCCCGCCCCGGCCCGGCCCUGGGCUGUGAGCUGGUUCCUCGGCCUCUGGCUUAGCCCGGCGGCGCCCCGCCCGCCCCCCGUGCCUCGCACCUGGGCAGGGAUAGAAGAUGAACAAACCCAUCACCCCAUCAACAUAUGUGCGCUGCCUCAACCUUGGACUAAUUAGGAAGCUAUCAGAUUUUAUUGAUCCUCAAGAAGGAUGGAAGAAGUUGGCAGUAGCUAUUAAGAAACCAUCUGGUGAUGAUAGAUACAAUCAGUUUCACAUAAGGAGAUUUGAAGCAUUACUUCAAACUGGAAAAAGUCCCACUUGUGAAUUACUGUUUGACUGGGGCACCACGAAUUGCACAGUUGGUGAUCUUGUGGAUCUUUUGGUCCAAAACGAGUUUUUUGCCCCUGCGAGUCUUUUGCUACCAGAUGCUGUUCCCAAAACUGUGAAUAUACUACCUUCUAAAGAAGCCAUAACAAUUCAGCAGAAACAGAUACCUCUCUAUGGCAAAGACAGGACAUCUGUUAUACCUGUGCAGAAUCCUGAACAAAACUAUGUGCCACCUGACUCCUCAAGUCCAGAAAAUGGAAGCUUAGAAGUCAGUGAUACACGUUUUCACUGUUUUUCAUUUUAUGAACUGAAGAAUGUCACAAAUAACUUUGAUGAACGACCCGUCUCUAUCGGUGGUAACAAAAUGGGAGAGGGAGGUUUUGGAGUUGUAUAUAAAGGCUACGUGAACAACAGAAUGGUAGCAGUGAAGAAGCUUGCAGCAAUGGUUGAUAUUAGCACCGAAGAACUGAAACAACAGUUUGAUCAAGAAAUAAAAGUAAUGGCAAAGUGUCAACAUGAAAACUUGGUAGAACUGCUUGGUUUCUCAAGUGAUGGAGAUGACCUCUGCUUAGUAUAUGUUUACAUGCCUAAUGGGUCAUUGCUGGACAGACUGUCUUGCUUGGAUGAUACUCCACCACUUUCUUGGCACAUGAGAUGCAAGAUUGCUCAUGGUGCAGCUAAUGGCAUCAGUUUUUUACAUGAAAACCAUCAUAUUCAUAGAGAUAUUAAAAGUGCAAAUAUCUUACUAGAUGAAGCCUUUACAGCUAAAAUAUCUGACUUUGGGCUUGCACGGGCUUCUGAGAGGUUUACUCAGACAGUCAUGACUAGCAGAAUUAUGGGAACAACAGCUUAUAUGGCACCUGAAGCUUUGCGAGGAGAAAUAACGCCCAAAUCUGACAUCUACAGCUUUGGUGUGGUUUUACUAGAAAUAAUAACAGGACUUCCAGCUGUGGAUGAACACCGUGAACCUCAGUUAUUGCUAGAUAUUAAAGACGAAAUUGAAGAUGAAGAAAAGACAAUUGAAGAUUAUAUUGAUAAGAAGAUGAAUGACAUUGAUUCCACUUCUGUUGAAACUAUGUAUUCUGUUGCUAGUCAGUGUCUGCAUGAAAAGAAAAAUAAGAGACCAGACAUUAAGAAGGUUCAACAGCUGCUGCAAGAAAUGACAACUUCCUAAAAUUUGACUGGAAUAGACUCUUGGCUUUUAAUAUACAGCUAUCUAACCAUUUUUUAAACUUAAUUUUUUUUUUUUUUAAAGAUUGGCAUCUGAGCUAACAACUGUUGCCAAUCUUCUUUUUUAUUUUUUUUCCUGCUUUUUUCUCCCCAAAUCCCCCUGGUACAUAAUUGUAUAUUUUAGUUGUGGCUCCUUCUACUUGUGGCUUGUGGGACACCACCUCAACAUGGCCUAAUGAGCGGUGCCAUGUCCUCACCCAGGAUCCAAACCGGCGAAACCCUGGGCCGCCAAAGCAGAGUGUGCGAACUUAACCACUGGGCCACGGGGCUGGCCCCCUAAACUAAAUUUUUUUUAAACAUUCUUCUUUGCCUUUAGCAAGCCAGCAAGGUUGUAUAGAACCCCCAACAUAUAGAACAAACAAAAGUAGGGCCUCUGUGUCAAUGCUUAGCCCUCCUUCUGAGUCACCCUCAGUUCUCUCAGUAGUCCCUGAGACAUCUCCUUGGAACCUCACCAAAUGCAGUUUGAAAACUACAGGAAAAAAGAGCACUGGACUAUAUGUGAAAAGACCCUGGGCUGAAGCCCAACUCCACUACUAAUUUGCUCUAAAGCUUUGGGUGAUCUCUUAGCUACUUUGAGGCUUGGUUUUUCUACCUGUAACAUUAGACUGAUAUCUCCUAUGCCUCUCUGACAGGUAGUCCUGAAAAUCAGAUAAUGUAGAAUAUGUACCAGCAUUUUGUCACUUGUAAAGUGACAUAAAAUUUAAAGUUUAUAUAGAUGAUUAUAAAAUCCUAUAGUCCUAUGGUAUAAAUCCUAUAGGUAUAUAGGUAAAAUCCUAUAUACCUAUAUAGUCCUAUAAAAUUAUAGCCGUAUGUGUAUAGGGUCAUGUUCACAGUGUGCUACUGAAGCAAUCCUUUACCACAAACCAAAUGCCCUGAUGAUACUCCCCUGAUGAUAUGGCCAUGAUUAGACUAUGUUAUAUGGCAAGGUUCAAGGAAUUUUGCAGAUGCAGUUAAGGUCCCUAAUCAGCUGGCUUUGAGUAUCAACAGGGAGACAGUGCUAGCUGGGCCUGACCUAAUAAGGUGAGCUCUCACAAGAAGUCUGAGAGAUUCUCCUGUGGGCCUUGAAGAAGUUAGCUACCAUGUUGAAAGAGGGCCACAUCGGCUAAGACCUAAGGGUGGCCUCUAGGAGAUGAGAGCUACUUUCCAGCUGUCAGCCAGCGAGAGAAGCCAGGACCUCUGUUGUACAACCACAAGAAACUGAAUUCUUCUAACAACCUGGAUUAGCUUGGAAGAGUACUUCAAACUUCAGAUGACACUGUAACCCUAGCUGACACCUAAAUUUCGGCCUCCUGAGACCCUCAGUAUCAAACGUAGCUGACCUGUGCCUGGACUUGUAACAUACAGAACUGUGAGAUAAUAAAUGAGUUGGAAUAAGCCA